AUGAUUCCUUCGUUUAUGAACCGGGGCGCGCUGUCCCUCGUGGCUGUGUCGCUUCUUGCGUCUUCUGCUGCGGCGGAAGUAUUCGAACGCUUGUCUGCUGUUCCUCAGGGAUGGCACUAUUCCCGUACUCCCCGAGCAGACCAACCCAUUAAGCUGCAGGUUGCCCUGGCGCAGGGUGACACAGCCGGUUUUGAAAACGCUCUUUUGGACAUGUCCACCCCUGGACACGAAAACUACGGCAAACACUUCCGCACACACGAUGAGAUGAAACGAAUGCUUCUGCCUGAAGCUGCAUCCGUGGAGGCUGUCCGCGAGUGGCUGGAGGAUGCUGGCAUCACCGAUAUCCAGGAAGAUGCCGACUGGAUGACCUUCCACACGACAGUCGAGACGGCGAAUGACCUGCUGGAUGCCAACUUCCAGUACUAUAUCAAUAGCGUGAAGCAUGUGGAGAGACUGCGGACGCUGGAAUACUCGAUCCCGAACUCUCUUCUGUCCCACGUUAACCUGGUAACUCCGACUACUCGCUUCGGCCAGCUGCAUGCCAACCGUCACCACGCGCAUAGCAAGGCUGUUGCCGCAGAUGAGGCCUUCACGAAAGCCGUCAUGAAAGCCGAGCAUGACUGCAACAGUGCCGUCACUCCCCAAUGCCUAAAGGAUAUCUAUUCCGUCGGUGAUUACACGGCCGACCCCAACAACGGCAACAAGGUCGCCUUUGCCAGCUACCUGGAGCAGUAUGCACGGUACGCGGACCUUGCCGAGUUCGAACAGAACAUCGCCCCCUGGGCAGUGGGCGAGAACUUCUCCGUGAUCGAAUACAAUGGAGGUCUCAACGACCAAAACUCGCCCAAGGACAGCAGCGAAGCCAACCUAGAUGCCCAAUACAUCGUCGGCGUAAGCGCCCCGGUCCCCGUCACGGAAUUCAGCACCGGCGGCCGCGCCCCUCUAGUCCCGGACCUGGACCAGCCUGAUCCGAACAACAACAACAACGAACCAUACCUCGCCUUCCUGCAAAACGUCGUCAAGAUGUCUGACAAUGACCUGCCCCAGGUAAUCUCAACCUCUUACGGCGAAGACGAACAAUCCGUGCCUGAGAAAUACGCCCGCAGUGUCUGCAACCUGUAUGCACAACUCGGCAGCCGCGGUGUCUCUAUCCUGUUCUCUUCAGGCGACUCGGGUGUCGGCGCAGCCUGCGAAACGAACGACGGCACGAACAAAACUCAUUUCCCUCCCCAGUUCCCCGCCGCUUGUCCGUGGGUUACUUCCGUCGGUGCUACAACCGGUAACGCUCCCGAGAGAGCAGUCUACUUCUCUUCCGGCGGGUUCUCGGAUAUUUGGGACCGCCCAGCGUACCAGAAUGCUGCUGUUAGCUCUUACCUCCAGAAGCUGGGAAACAAACAAGCAGGCCUUUUCAACCCCAACGGCCGUGCAUUCCCCGAUGUCGCUGCGCAGGGUGAGAACUACGCUAUCUAUGAGAAGGGGGCUCUCACCAAGGUCGACGGUACAUCUUGUGCAUCGCCCACUUUUGCGGCUAUCAUCGCCUUGCUCAACGAUGCCCGCAUCCAAGCCAACCAGGCUCCUAUGGGCUUCUUGAACCCCUGGUUGUAUGGCGAUGGAUUGGCUGGUUUGAAUGAUAUUAUUCAUGGUGGAAGCACGGGCUGUGAUGGAAACUCCAGGUUCGGUGGUGCUGCGAAUGGGGGUCCGGUUGUGCCGUAUGCUAGUUGGAAUGCUACGCAGGGCUGGGAUCCGGUCACCGGGUUGGGCACGCCUAACUUUGCGACUAUGAAGAAGAUUGCUGUUGGUAAUUAG